UCAAUAAGGCUGUGGAAUCGCCGUAACAAGGCCUUAUGCGGCCUGCUCAGCUGCUGAUCUCAGCAGAGCGCAAUGACUCCGUACAUGACAUCGGAAACCUCAAACUUCCGUUUGUAGCCGUUCCCUUGUCUAUGUAUACGUACUUGAUGCGUUUUCUAUUUACGUCUCAGACGAUUAUUUCAGUUCGGACGGGCAUCUGUAUUCACGCACGGGAUACUAUCGUGGGACGUUAGUUGUUCCCGCUGCGUUCACUGAGUCAACAAACAUUCGCAGGAAUUAUCAUUCAGCUCCGUCUGUUGAUGCAAUCAUGGUUUCUCCAAUCCCAGCUGGCAAUGUCCAGCCACGCAGGCAGACAAGCACACGUACCCCUUUGAAUCAUUUCAACGCACUCACGACUGCAUGUAUCCUUCUCGAACAUAUACAGACUCUCGAGCGACUCCGUGACGAGACACAACACCGCGUCGAAGCUAAAAGACAGAAGCUGCACUUUCUGGAGGCGUUCACUCCGAAUCGGAGGCUUCGAGAUGCUUUGUCGGAGUCUAUCGUUACACAGCAACUUAAACAGAUGCAGGACACACCCACCUCCACACGUAACAGCCAUUCCCUGUCACCUCGCCUUCGAGGGCUAUACGACGUUCAUGGACCUGGAUGUGCCAACCAGGACUCUCUACAGACUAUGGCUGACUUCUCCCCACUGAGUCUCGCCGAUCUUUCGAUCUACGGGAGGGAUCAUGAAGUAGUUUGGGAAAAUGACGACGACGACGAAGCUUUGUUGUGUCCAUCUGCCGAUGAAACUGUCGAGGAUUGUGCGAGAAGCGAAGAUGCCUCCAACGAAUACUGUGACCAGCUUAACUGUCUUGCCUCUCCUUUCCACCUUGUUCCUUCCUCGUCCGGGAUUACCUCCAAAGCCCAAGGUUUCCCACUAGUACCCGAUUCUACUAACGAUUUACUGAUCAUGUUUGCCAGAACCUAAUCGGGUUUCUGCUCCGACCAGGCAAACAUCGAACAGGUACCGAUCCAUGGCUCACGGCAAGAAGUCUCCAUCAGGCGUGGAGGGCAAAGGGGUCGUACGUCGUGGAU